AAAAAUCGAUUGGUUGCGCGCGCAUCAUGGCCAGCCCUGAGCUAGCACAGGAACGGUCCAUUCUUUCGUGAAAUUCGUUUGAUAUGAAACUAAAUAGGUAGUGCAUAGUGGGUUCUUUAAAAUAUAAAUAGUGCUCAUACCAGUGUUGCAUCAAGAUAGAGACAUGUCGCCCCACUUGCGAUGGCGCCGAGAUGCGGAGCUCCCGGCCAAGGUGGAGAACACCACCAUGACCGCCUCGACCACCGCCUCCUCAGCAGGUGCAGUAAAUGCAUCAAAUACAAUGGGGUCCAUCACGUCUUCCGAAGCCGGGCUACCUUCUACGACAACAACCCAAGAAAGUAUUGUCGAGAAGACCGAAGAGUUAGCCAGAAAGAUGAACAUGGAAACGUGGCAGCUGGUUGCUAUACUCGUUGGCGUAGGUAUAGUGGUUCUUGGAGUAUGUUUCUGCUGCAUCCGGCGAUGUUGCCGCAAAAGACGAUCCAAGGAUGGAAAGAAGGGAAUGAAAGGAGUCGACUUCAAGUCCGUCCAGCUUCUAGGCUCAGCAUACAAAGAAAAGGUGCAGCCGGACAUGGAAGAGCUCACGGAGAAUGCAGAAGAACCUGAUGAUGGAGAGGAGAAGAAAGAAGAACAAAAACUAGGAAAACUUCAAUACAAGUUGGAGUAUGACUUUAACAGCAACAGUUUGUCGGUGACAGUGCUCCAGGCUGAAGAACUUCCAGCUCUUGAUAUGGGAGGAACAUCAGACCCCUACGUUAAAGUUUACCUUUUACCUGACAAGAAAAAGAAGUUUGAAACGAAAGUCCACCGUAAAACCCUUAGUCCUAUCUUCAACGAAACUUUUGUGUUUAAGAACGUACCGUAUGCGGACGCGAUGAACAAGACACUCGUAUUUGCGAUCUUCGACUUCGACCGUUUCUCCAAACACGACCAGAUCGGUGAGGUGAAGGUACCGCUGUGCCAGGUCGACCUCGCCCAGACCAUAGAAGAAUGGCGUGAACUGCAGAGCGUAGAAGGAGAGGGUGGCCAGGACAACAAGUUGGGAGACAUUUGUUUCUCGUUGCGAUAUGUCCCAACCGCUGGGAAACUGACUGUCGUGAUCUUGGAAGCUAAGAAUCUAAAGAAGAUGGAUGUCGGUGGAUUAUCAGACCCGUACGUAAAGAUAGCUCUUAUGCAGAACGGCAAGCGUCUCAAGAAGAAGAAAACUAGCAUCAAGAAAUGCACAUUGAAUCCAUAUUACAACGAGUCAUUCACUUUCGAAGUACCAUUCGAACAAAUACAGAAAGUAAAUCUAGUUGUGACUGUGGUGGACUACGACCGCAUCGGGACUUCGGAGCCCAUCGGUAAGGUUGUCCUGGGAUACAGCGCGUCCGGCACCGAGCUGAGACACUGGUCUGACAUGCUGGCGAGUCCUCGGCGCCCAAUUGCUCAAUGGCACACCCUCAAGGAUCCAGAAGACGGAGAGAAGAAAGAUUAAGAAGAGACAAGAAACGAAAAUCCCGAGGAGAAGCGUCGUUACCCGUUCGAUGAGACGUUACCAAUGAUAUUAUGAUAUUUUUUAAAAUUAUAUUUUAUAAAGAUUGCAUAAUGUUGUUGGGGAAUGCCAUUUAUAUGUUGAUCAACAAUAAUUAGACUUUCAAUUUAACUGUAACAUAUAUUACUAUGCAAAUGUGUUUUCUCUAGAUAUAGGUACGUUAUCGAAUAUGUUUCAAUUGUUAAUUUUAAAUCUCUACUUUGACAACGCAAUGGAUAUAGAGGUAAACCCGUGAAAUAUAGAGACCUUAUAUAGUAAGUCGAGUAGACGAUAAACGAAAUGACCCUUACCUACACGACUUUAUUUAGUAUUAGUAUAUAUUUUAUAAACAUGAAGAAGUUAAUUUAUUGUUACUUACACCAACUGUCAUAACAUAACAUCUACCUAUUUAUCACCAAAGAUACCAACACGCGUGAAAACUAUAGGUAAGCAAUGAAAUACAAAUCAUGGCAAAUUAAGGAAAGUUUUGAAAAAUAUUAAUAGACCGUACAAACUUCUAAUUCUAAUGCUUUGCCAUUCGGCUUAUUUGCAAUUUCAAGUGUAUAUUUUAUGAAAAUUACGUACCGCUAUAAGACGAGGAUAAAAUACCAAUAAUAUUAAUGAAUUACCUGAGAUUUGAUUCAUGUUCGGAAUUCGGAAUAGGUACCUAUCAUUGGCAUUAUUUUAUAGUAAGUAUUCGUAAGUACUUACCUUUAUUGACUUUAAAUUAAAGAAAUGGCAAUCGGGGACUGCCGCGGUAAAGCUAUUGCAUAGCAUUUUUUAUCAACUUAUGCAAUUAUAAUUAUUUAUUUAUUUUAUUUAUGCAGUAUUUAUUUUUUUGAUAUGAAAAAAAAAGCAAACGGGAAGUGAGAAAAAUUUAACUUGCAAGAUUUGAUUACAAAUAGACAACGGGACAGGUGAAACUAAAUAAAAAUGCUUGGCAUAAUAAUAAAAAUUAAAAAAACGUGAUAAAAAAAUGAAAUUAAAAAAAUCAAGAUGUACCCCAGGCUCGAACCUAGGACCUUCUGCAAAAAAGCAUACGUGAUAACCGCUGUUCCACGGCAACUGUAAUGAUCUUGCCGAAAUAUCUAUAUACAUCUAGCGUUAGGUUAUUUUCGUUACGGAAUUUCUGGAUUCGGUCUCGGUCACUCUCAAGGCCCGCGAUAGAAGCUAUGCAAUAGCUUAAAAUAUGACGGUUCAAGAUUGUAUAAAAAUAUAAACCAAUUAAUAAUAUGUAAUAUAUUGUUUUAAAUACCAAACAUUUACUUAGGUACCUACUUACUGAUAAAUAUAACUUAUUUGAGUGUAAGUACUUUCAAAUGCCAUAUUCCAAAAUAAUAUUGUGUAAGGUAAUAAAUUAUUAUAAUAUUGUCUUUAAAAGAGCUUUAUUUAUAUUUCGUUGGUAUAUUUUAUUAACAAAAGAUUCGUUUUUAUGUGAAAUCGUCACCGUAGUACGAUGAUCGUUAUUCCUUAUCAUCAUUAAAGUAAUAUUUUUAGCACGACACUAGGAUCACUGAAAAACUCUUAGUCAUCUUAGUGUUUCUAUAGUCGAAAAAAAUUAUAUUUUGUAAAUUAUAUAACUAUUACCACGUAAAUUUAAAAUUAUUUCACGUAGAAAAUGUUUAUUUAUUAAGUAAAUUACUUAUGUGAUGUAUGAUAAAAAAAAAACUUAUUUGAACAAUACAAAUAUUUAAACUAGAGUUUGUAUAAAGGUUUUAAACUUAACUGCGAUACAUUUCAUGUAAUAAAUAAUCUGUAGGUAUUCUUAAUAAAAAUAUCAUUCGGUAACAGAUCUAAAAUGUAUAUUUAUCAAUGUUGUAGAAUUGUUAAAUUAUUUUUGUCUCCUGAAAUGUUUAAGAAUUCGCCUUUAGGUAUAAAUAUCGCUGCUAUAUCAUCCAUCAUUUUUAUUUUUAAGUGUGGUUAUUAUAAAUAUAAUGUUUAAAUCCAUAUUGAAUUAUUAUAUCGACGUUCUAUUGGUAUAUUAUAACUACCUAAUUAGCUUGACUGUUGAUCUCAAUUUUGUGUUUCUUUGUAUAUAAUCACAUGUUAAAAUUAAACAUCACAUUAUAUAUUGUAUAGGUGUAGAAAUGAAGUCGUGCUUUAACGUUGUAGGGAAGCACUCACACGAAUAAUGUUAUGUAUGUAGACAUGUGGUUCAAGUUCUGUAUUUAUUAAUAAAUAUACUUACCUAGUUAUGGUUA